UAUUAUAACAUAUGUUACAAUGCUAUUUUAUGUGUCAAGGUAGCAAUGUCAAAUUAUUGCAAUGAAAUAUCAAAGUAAUGUUUAAAUUAUUCUAUUUAUUUAGAACGACGACAUUUAUUGUGAGAUAUUGACGAUUUCUGUUAAUAAUGACGAGUAAAAAAGGUCAAACUUUGAGAAUCGAGAGUGAGAUUGAUAAAUAUCGUGGUGAAGGGAAUUGGAAAAAGGUUAUAGAGUUAGCAAAUAAUUUAAAAGAAUUAUAUCCAUCUAAUGAAUGUUUAGCAAAUUUUUUAAGCGGAGAAGGAAAACUUGAAAGUUUUCUCGAAGAAACUCCACCGAUUGAUUCUAAUAUUACAAAAGCUAAAACAGGAUUAAUUGACGCAAAAAAAGAUUUAGUUUUAGCUGCUAAUGAAAAAGACAAACAGGCAGUAGUAGUCCUCGAUGCGCACCUACUUCUGGGUAAACUUCACUACGCAAUGGGACUUUAUUCUGAGGCCUUGAACCACUAUGACCUUGCUGAGCUUCAUACUCUAACUGAAAAACCUCUACCCCCUCGGAGCCUUCGUAUAAUUGCUGAGUCUUAUGCCAUUCAAGGCUUAUGUCUUGAAAAACAAUUACCAACUGUGAAAUCUAAAUACAAAUUAUCUGAAUAUCAUGACCGCAUCACUAAAUGUUUUGAAACUUCAGGUGACUUGUCUCUAGUCUACUUUCAAGAACUUGAAAAAUCUCAGAUAAUACAAAAUGGUGGCUAUUCGCCCCAACCCCCAAUAACAUUAAAAACAAUGGGCCCUAUUCUUGAAACUGCUUUACUACGUGCCCCAUUACUACAUCUUCAAUCUGGUAAUAUUGAACGUUCAAUAAAUCGUUGGCGUGCAAUUUUAUCUGCUAUUGAAACUACAACAACUCAAAGUCUACGCUUGACCCUAAUUCGUCAGCUAGCAGAAUUACUUUUACGACGUAUUACAAAUUCAGAUUAUAAAGCACCUGAAGUCGCUGAAACCACCACUACCACGGUAACGUCAAAUACAUUAACACGUAAAUUGAAUAAUUAUGUAACAUCUAAUGGCAUAAUGGAGACACAAAAAUCUCCAUGGAAACCACGAAAAUAUCAGGGCAUUAAUAUGUUUGUACCUCGUAAUAUUAAUGAGGAAAUAAUUUUGCUUUUAUUAAUUGGUGAAGCGAUGGCUGUACGUGACGCGGUCUUGAGUCAAUCGCCAGAAUUUAAAGAAGCUAAAUCACGUGCUCAUGAAAUAGCAACUAAUGUCUAUGAUUUACUGACGAUUGUCACAGUAAAAUGGAAUCAAGUUGAAUUAUUGUACGAAUCAUUUAAACGUGCUAUGAAAUUUUCACAUGAAGAAAUUCACGUUUGGAUGCAGUAUGCACUUUGUUUGAUACAAUUAGGACAGUAUGCACAUGCAUAUGCAGUACUGGAGAUAGUUGCACGUUUAGCGCCAAAUAAAGUUAUGCCUUGUUUACUCGCAGCACGGAUUUGUUUCGAGCAUUUAGAGAAAAUACCUACAGGGAUUGAGUGGGCAAAAAAAGCUGUUACAAGAGAAAAUAAUAAUCCAUCAGGUUUAAUAUCACGUUGUCAUUUAUACGUUGGUAUUGGAAAUAGUAUUUUAGCAAGAAGUUGUAUGGUAAAAGUAGACAAGGCAGCACACAGUACUCAGGCGCUUGAAGCAUUCCAUAAAGCUCAACAAUACGAUCCGAAUGAUCAUCUAGCUGAAUAUUAUUUAGCAUAUGAAUAUGCAAUCAAUCGACAACUAAAUGAAGCUAUGAUUCAUGUAAAAAUAGCUUUGAAUUUACGAGCUGAACAUACUCCAUCAUUGCAUUUAUUAGCAUUGUUGUUAUCAGCAUACAAACAAUAUAAUGAUGCAUUAAAUUUAGUUAAUUCAAUUUUAGCUGAGUAUCCAGAGAAUUCAAAUUUUUUGUAUAUAAAAGCCCAUUUACAACUUCAUAGCGUGGGUGCUGAAGAAUCACUUAUUACUAUUAAAGAGAUGUUAAAAAUCUGGCGCGAUUUAUAUGAAAAUCAAAUAAAUGUUGAUUGUAAUGAACAGCAGAGUGAAAAACGCAGUGAAACACGCAGUGUUUUUCAACUUUAUACGACGGAAUUAUCAGACAAAGAUUCAAGUUCAUUGCAUGCACAAUCGUUGGCGGCAUCAAAAAUUGAACAAGCGCUUUCCGAAGUUGCUUCAUCACUGAGUUCAUUUACACCAAAACCCGGACCACAACGUGCUUGGUUGCUGCAAUUACAGAUUUGGUUAUUGUUAACUGAGGUUUUUUUAAUGCUUGAUAAACCAGAUGCUGCAGCGUUAUCAUUACAAGAAGCUACAAUUAUUUUUCCAAUGAGUCAUCAUAUUAUGUAUACGAAAGGCUUAUUACAUGAAUACAAAUCCGAGUACAAUGAAGCUAAACAAUGCUAUCAAAAUGCUGUUGCAAUAAAUCCUUAUCACAUAAAAAGUCUGCAACAUUUGGGCUUAAUUUAUCAUUACUUAGGGUGUCAAAGAUUAGCAGAAAAAACGUUACGUGAUGCAGCUAAAAUAGAUCCAAACUCACAUCAAACUUGGUAUAAUUUGGGAAAAGUUUUGGAAUCAUUAGGUGAAAUGGAAACAGCCAAUGAUUGUAUGGCGACAGCAUUAGAAGUUGAAAAUUCUAAUCCUAUUUUACCAAUAUCAUCAAUUUCAAUUACAUUUGAAUAAGAAAAAAAUUUAUCCAUUAAUUUUUUUUAUUAAAGUUAACUAACUACUUAAUAUUUUUUUUUAAAUUAUUUGUAAAUUACUCUUAUGCCGGCGUAAGGGACUUUGUUGUUAUAUUGUGAAUAAAGAUGUAUCUGUAGAAA